AAAAAAAAAAAAAAAAAAAAUGUGUCCACUGUAGGAGUGCCCGAUUACUUGGUCGUAAAUGGAUCAAGUGGCGCUGCAGCGUUGCUAUACUCCAGCACAUUAUUUAGAACAGUGCAGAGAUUAGCCCAAAAGACUUCCCCUUUUGACCAGCAACAACGCACUGCUUGCGGCUUAUUCCAAGUAGGAGAGCCCAAAUUCAAUCGAAAAGUGUCAGCUCAGCCGCAGCUUUCCAUGAGGCAUUUUUGCGAUAGGCUAUGGGUUCGGAAAUUGGCCGGCUGGUCGAUAACAUGUUCAGCGAUGGGCUGUUGGAGAAGAGACAACCUACUUCGAUUGUUGUGUUACAUUCGUAAACCGUCACAAGGCGUUUUUGGGGUCCGCGCAAGCCAUCAUAGAGCAAAGAGUAGAUUGGUCCCACUCCACCUGCUCCGUUUUCCACCGUACUUUGCCCACCGCGUGAGGAGGGCGAAACAUCCUAGCUGUAGGGUACGCGAGAUACGAAAGUACUGUAACCUAGGAUGUCAAUUCCAAUACCUAACAAAGUAAAGAACCACGAAGAAAUGGUACGCUUUGACUGGAUACAGUGGGAUGACAAAAAAAAAAGGCCCGUCGAAUCCUGCAGGAUAAGCUGAGAAGAUCCAUCCUCGUUCUCCUUCGAAACAGGCAGGUCAAUCCAAUCUUGGGAGUGGAGAAGGGGGCUGUGUCGCAGAUGCAGAGAUUUCAGCUAAGAAGGGGACACGUCAGCCGACCAGGGAUGUUGCUGCUGCCUGGACUUCCAGGGGAAA